AUGUUCGCCGUUCUCACCCUCGUGCCGGCGGCACCGGCGGCGACUGAGCCGUGCACCUGUGCUUUGAAUUGGACGGAUCCAGACAGCGGCCACGCUUGCAGGGAGCCGCAGUUCGGUUGCCCGCCGGUUGCGUGCGACGGACCGUACCCACCGUGGUGCGUCGUCGAGUCGCUGCCGUGCGCCGACCCUGACCCUGACUCAGGCAUCAACACUGGCUUGUACGGCGGAAAUUGGAUUCAUUGCGAGCCGGAGUAUUCGCCAACGCCGCCGAGUUAUCCGCCGCCGCCGCCCUUUGCAGUUGUGCGAAUCGGCGCCCUCUUGCCGCGGCAGCUGCCAAGCGGCGAGUUGAUGCACCUGGGUCGGGCAGAGGAGCUGACGUCCGUGCUCAUGGCAAUCGAGGAAAUCAACAACAAGACAGACGGCGUGGCGGACGAUCUGCUUCCAAACACGCAGCUUUUGCUCGCACACCGCGACUCGCGCUGCGACCCGGCAUUCGGCAGCGACGCGGCCUACCAGCUACUGCACCACGCGUUCGACGGCGCCGGCUGCGACGCGCUGGUUGGUGCAUACUGCUCAAGCGCGUCCAUCCCCGCUGCGAGGCUGGCGGAGCUGACGGCCACCCCGCAGGUCUCUCACUCCUCUCAGAGCCCGGAAUUGAGCGGCGACGACUUUCCCUUCUUUGCGCGGGUUGUCACCUCUGACUCCCUCAUGGCUGUGGCUUUGGCUGAGGCCACUCGAAAUCUCCUCGGCGUCAAGCGCGUGGCCACCAUUGCGUGCACGGACGCAUACUGCACCGCCGGCGUGGCGGCCUUUGAGGCGGCUGCGUCUGCUCAAGGAAUCACCAUCAUUGAGUCCGUCCGCUUCGAAAACGGUCAGAGCAACCUCGGCGAGCCCCUCGGUGCUUUGCGCGCCUCGUGUGCGACCGUCUUUGUCGCCAUUGCUCUUGCAGAGGAUGCAGAUCGCCUUUUGGAGCAAGCCCUCGGUGCACGGCUCGUCGGCCCUGAAUUCACCUGGGUUGGCGACAUCGGUCUGUUCGAAGGGCUGGGCUCGCUGGCCGGCCGUGGCCUCCCCGUGGACGAUUUCCGCGGAAUACUCGCGAUCACAAACUCAAUCGCGCCAAGCGUGGCGUACGACGGCUACGCCUCUCGCAAGCGCGCACGGCCAUCCACGCUCGGCGACGGGACAAAUUGCGACCCGGCAGACGACGACGAGGGGCACAAACUCUGGUCAGUUGAUACGGAUGAGGAUAGAGCGCCACGCUGCUUCGGUGCCAACAAUCAGUUUCCCGAGAGCGUCUAUGCCCCGAGAGCUUACGAUGCUGUGUACGCUGUGGCGCACGCAGUGCAAGCGCUGGUGGACGACCCGUUGGUUCAGCGUAUCGACGGCGACGCUCUGAUGGCGGCCCUUCUCGCCGUCCGGUUCGACGGCGUGACGGGCAAAGUCUCCUUCUCGUCCGAGCCGGCCACCCUCGGCGACCGCGCGGGUGGCGUCCUUUACGAUGUGAUGAACGUGAACGCGUCAGGCGCGUGGGUCAAGCUUGGCACCUGGCAGCCAGCCGACAACUGGGAGCAGAGCUUUGCCGGCAACGGUCAGGCGCUGACGAGGCCAACGCCCGACAACAGCAAGCCGCCAGAACUCGUGGGCGACACGCUGCGCGUCGGAGUCUUUUGUGAUGAUCAUGUUGGCGAGUCGGAGUGCCAGCAUGUGAUGCACAUCAUUGACCGGAUCAAUGACAAGAAGGACGGCUUCCUAGACGACUUACUUCCGGAUCACACGCUCUUCUACUCUAUGGUUCAGACAGGGACCACCGGCUGUGCCGAGUCUGAGGCCAUUCGACGCCAGUUCGAUCAGCUGUACUCCGACUUGAAUGGAGUAGUCGCCACCAUCGGCCCGUUCUGUUCGGAUGACGUGGCUGCUGUGACAGCCGCCGAGUGGCGCGCUGGAGCCGACAUCUCUACCGUCGUGCUCUCGCCGUCGUCGACGGCUCCGAUCUUGGCGAACGUGGGCGCAUACCCGAACCUGUUGCGCCUCUCGAGCAACGACAAGCACGUCACGUCCGCCGUUGCAGCACUCGCAGAGCGGCUGGGAUGGCAAGCCAUUUGCGUGCUCCAUGACGACGGUCUAUGGGGACGCGGGGUCAUGCAGUCUUUCACCUCAAUCUUUGAGAGCUCAGGUGGGAAAAUCGUAAACAAUGGCACGGCGGAAUUUUCCAAGGCAGCUUUUGACGGCGGCAACUUGACAGGGAGCGACCUGCUCGACCAGCUCGAAGACUGCCAAAUCAUCCUCCUCGUCGCCUACCCGGAUGCGCAGCGGGCUGUGUUUGCUGCCUCCUAUGACGAAGGUCGGCUUUGGGGGCCGGGCUACGCUUGGCUCAACGCGUAUCCGGCUGAGGAAGCCCUCUACAAUGCAGAUGGCUCGGUGAACUCCCUAAAGUAUCAGGCGCUGUGGGAUGAGGUGUCGAGCAGUCAGGGCUGCACCAACAUGAGCCCGCAGUCCCGACCCUUCUGCGACCACGACGACGACGCCUCGACGCUUCCCGAUUACACGGCAAUGUACGUGGAUGCAGUGAUCAAGCUCGCAGUCUCUGCCGAUGCUGCGAUCCGCAACGGCUCACGGCCAGGAGACGCAGAUGCGCUGUACGCGACGAUGCUGGCAGCUGACACCGUGACGGGGCUGAGCGGGCCUCUUGUUUUCGACGACAGCGGAGAUCGACUCGGUACCUUGGAGGUGCUCAACUACCGGCUGCUCACCGAAGCCUCUCAGUCAGGGCGCCGCCUUAGCUCGGUACUUCUGCCGCGUUCGUUGCUUGAGUUCUCAAUCGUGGGCAGCUACUCUACCGCAACCUCGACACUGCAGCUGCCAGACGUUGGCGCUCUCGUCUUCUCCGGGGGAUCGACGGAGGUGCCACAGCACUCCUCCCCUCCUCCACCGCCUCCGCCGCCAGCACCUCCUCCUGAGCCGCCGUUGAGCACUGGCGUACUCGUCGUGAUCGUCUUGCUUUCGGUAAUGACACCCGUCGUCGUGAUUUGGGUCGCCGUUCGAGAGUGGCGCCGUCGGCGGGAGCGCGAGCACGAAUGGACAAGACAGCAGUGGCUGAGAUAUCUCUCAACGGGCCAGCCCGUGCAGCUGGAGCCGCUCACAGACGGCAACAAGUACCAUCUCUUUCUGUCCCAUUCGUGGCUUUCCGGACAGGAUAUGCAUAAGGACGCUGUCCGAGUGAUGAAGGAACGGCUGCUCAAUCUCUUGCCGGACACGAAGAUCUUUCUCGACGUGGACGACUUGGCGUCCGGGCGAGGCGCAGCCGAAGUUGCUAUGUCCAAGAUUCUCGUCGUCUUUUUGUCGGAUGGCUACCUCACGCGCCCCAACACCGUGCGCGAACUGCUUCGGGCGAUGAGCCUGCAAAAAAUCGUUAUCACCGUCUACGAUGAGCGCAGCGUCUACAUGGACAAAGGUGUGCUCCGAGCAGCGAUCGAAGCAGCUUGCCUGAACCUUUCGAGGUGGGGUCUCGACGGCGACUUGGCGGCCUGGGGCGCAGAGGUCCCGACCACGGCCGACAUCUUUGCUGCGCUGACAGCACAGCCUCUCCUGUGGACUCGUGUCCCAGCUUUCAUGAACGUCACUUUGCAGGCGUGCGUGACACCGCUGGUUCAGCCCAAGGCGCCCAUGUUGCGACCAAGCGCAGACGGGAAAGCGAAUCUCUCCCCGGAGGCGCUCCAGCGCACAGUCGAGAUGCUGGUUCAGCCCAAGGCGCUCAUCUUGCAAUCUGUCCCGUCUUGGGCGCAGAAGGGGCUUGGUCGCGCAGACGGGAAAGCGAGUCUCUCCCCGGAGGCGCUCGAGCGCGCAAUCGAGAUGAUGCAGGCUGCUGCUGAGCCUGGCGCGGCGGCUUCGACGAGGCUGUACACGCGAGCCGGCAUUGGCUUCACCUGGCAGAGGCUCCGCGCUGGAGAGAGAUUUCGAAUCUACGCCAGCCCACACAACCCCGGCGCGCUCGAGCUCACCCAGGAGCUGUCUUGCCUGCUGCAGCACCUCGACAUAGAGCUCGAAGUGACGACCUCCGUCGCCGACCUCACGGCCUGCAGCCACAUGCUGCUGUACCUCGACAAGCGCACCUGGGUGUCGACGGAGAAUGACCAGCGGAUAGCCGCGCUCUCAAGCGACGUGAAGGCCGCCCUGGCCGGGCGCGUUCACCUGCUUCCGGUUCACGAGAGCGAGCCGUUUGAGUACAUGGCGGGCAGCCACGCCGGCGUCAAGUUCGACGACCUCCUCGACUGCGUGGAUGGCGCGACCCCCAUCGAGCUGCUUCAGCGACAGGUCUACGCGGAGGUUGCGGUGCCGCUCAAAGAAGGCAUCUAUCGGCCCGCAAGCCUGCUGCUGCUCGCACGCGCUGUCGGCGACCAGACGCGGACUUCGGCGCUGCGGCAGCUCACUUUUUCCUCCAAAGAGCUGCGCCUGCCCUCUAUGACUUUGGCGGAGGGCAGUGCGAGUCUGAUGAGCCGGACGAGCAAAUAUUGCCGCUCUCUCUCGAGCCGGCAGAGCACACCACACGGACGCAGGAGGGCGCUCCCUCCUCUCUGAGGGUUGGAUGGUCCGGACCUGCCCGGCAUUUGGGUACCACUUUGCCCACGCUGCAGUCGCGCUGCCAAGGCCUGCUAGCAUCUUUGGUACCACGCGUGCCGUCGUCCUCUGUCGUCCUCUGUCGUCCUACGUAGAGAUAAUGUACAAUUGCAA